CGACCGUGGUCCCUCUAGAUCGUCUCCCUCGGGCAAUAAAAGGCGGAGAAGCCAGGAACGCGAAGAGAUCAGCCGCAUCCACAGUUACUGCACUAGUCAGGGCUCAGAGUGAUCUUAGUCGGUUAUACCCCAGUGGCCGGCGGAAGUCGACGCCCGUGGGUGCAUGAGAGAAUUCCUGCCUUCGUCCCUCGUGUGGACAUCGAUAUCCCGGUUUUGACCCUAACACCACCGUGCUUAUACUUCCUUUCUAUCUUCAGCACGUCCCCUCCGCCUCUGCCUCCUCUUUCUUCCGGACCAUCAUCACCUUCGACGUCUUCCGUCGACGUCUGUGUCCUCUCCUCAUCCGCCACCGACGCCCGCAAUGGUCGCCAGUAUCAACGAUGAGGUCUACGCGCCCAUAUCUACCCACUAUAUGCACGCACACGAGGACGGGCCCCAUUCGAGCGAGGAGGGCUCAGAUCUUCACUCACCCGUGUUCGAGACCCAGCCGCUUUCAGCAUCGUUUCCCAACGUCCGAUUCCAGUCUACAGACAGCGUGCCGAUCCCGCACACAAUUAGUGCUAGCGCGAACGGCUCUAAUCUGAUGGCCUAUCCCUACCACUCGUCUUACCCUGACGGGGGCGAUAACGCCAUGUCAAGCUCUCGGAGCAGGCAGCACAGCUCUCUUCAUCCGCUAGAACCUCCGAGCAAUAGCCACCACCAACACGAUCACACCGAAUUCGGGCACAACAGCGGCUACGGUCAUCACACCCAGCUCGACAUGCACACCCAUUCACCCUCCUUUACAUCCUCCGCGUACUCGAUCGCCUCUCCGAUCCGAUUCCCGUCACUCAACACCACGGCGUUCGAAUACCCGAUUUCUGCGUCCGUCCAUUCCACGUCAGCCUCGGAGAAGUCGCCAUCAUCCGCCUCGACGUUAGCUUACACUCACUCCUUGUCGGAUUCGCCUCUUACCACCACGUCCACCGCCGGGGGUCUAUCGAUGAGCGGCAAGGGCAACCCUUCGACUUCGCCGGUAGCUCAUACUAGCCCAGCGAAUCAGCAGCCGCUUUCUUCCCCAACCGCGACUCGUCUGCCUGCGGCAGAGGCGAGCGGCGCAAGUGGUGGUGGUAGUGCGGGAGGAGGGGGUGAUUCGGUCUCCACACCAGGAGCGAGACCGAGCCGUCAAAGCCGCAAAGAGAUCUCGAACGUUGUUAUAGCCUGUCGCCAGUGUCGUGCACGCAAGAUUCGUUGCGACUCUACGAGACCAGAAUGCAACAACUGCGUCCGGCGCAACAACGAAUGUGUGUAUGACGCCCAACCUCGUCGUAGAGGCCCGGAUAAGCGACCUGGCACGCGUCAGCGGUCGUGCAAAAAGCGUCCUACGGACGGCUCUGAACCGCCGCCACCGAAGAAAAAGCGACGACCCGAGCAUGGACAGGCAGCCGACAUUACCACCACCACCACCACCACCACUUCUUCCUCUGUUUCUGCAUCUGCCUCCGCGCACGCCAUCGAUCCUACCUCGUCUGGACUUGGAACUUCCGCGUCCGCCUCUGGUGGCCAACAUCCAGGUGUAUCGGCUUCUGCUUCUUACCCCGGACCCUCUUUCAGUCUUAAGCAGUCGACGUCUGGGCCGGAGCAUCCGCUUUCGUUACCGAUUCAGCAACCUCUUCUGAUUAAGACAGAGUCGGACCACCAUUCGCAUCACCAUCACCAGCAGCAACAGCAGCAUUUGUACCACCAUCCUCAGCAGCAGCAGCAGCAGCAGCAGCACUACACGCACCACUCCCAACUUGCGCAUCAGCAUCUCCCUCAGAUUCGUACCCAUACGCCUGCCCUUCAUUCGCCUUCGUCAUAUCAGGAUCCAAGCCGCCCUUCGUCUAGCCAGCACCAAUCGGGCAUCGACCAUACCAGAUAUUACCAGAAGAGGCGUUUGUCUCCGAUUUAUCUUCGCGCAAUGGAAUCAACAUCGAGGAUGGGCAGAGACGUGGACCUGGCGAGCUCCAGCACCAACAGUCGUCGCAACGACCUGGAGGGCAUUUCCCCCACUUUUGAUUCCGGCUUCAGUAGCAAUUCUCGCGGCGGCGAUCUACACCUUCAUUCUCCUCUCUCUCCUCAGACUCCGUACGGCGAUUCGCAUUCACAUAACCAACCACAACUUCAGCUUCGACAGCAACAUCAAACCCCGAUACCCCCCGUCCCGGCCACACAGUACAGUCGCAAGGUGUGGUGGGAUGAUCUUCUCGACACUUAUUCUUCGACACGUGAACAAUCCCUUCAGACUAUUACUUCCGACUUCAAUCUCCUCUUUAAUUCAAGCACUUACUGGCUCACUUUCUUCAACGCCUCUUACUUCCUUCGAAAGCUGUGCGAUCCUGAGGAGAGGCUUCGCAUCCAGCCCGCGCUUGUGCUUGCGGGACUUGCGCUUGCGACACUGAUGCGCUCGAGCGAGCUGGAGCUGGGAACUGCGGGACGGGAGAGGGCGUUACAAUUGAGGCAAGCAGCGCAGACGGCGGCAGAGGCGAGUUGGAACGCGCAGGUGGUUGACUUGGGUUUAGCAGAGGCCGCGAUGGUUCUUGCGCUCUUCGAAACUUCGGCACAUCCGCUCUAUAGCCCUUCGCGAUCGGACGACGCUCUUGUCUUUCUCGACACCAUUAUUAGCACCCUUCGGCUCACAUUCCUCGACGCGAAUGAUCGCGAAUCGCUCGACUAUUCCGUCCAGUCCGUACCUGUCGUCUCCCGUUCAUCCGGCUACGUCCCGCCUAAGAAAUGCGAGUGUAUCAACAUCCCGCAAGACAACCAGUACAAUACGAGCUGGAGCUUCGUGCCGGCCUGGGAUACGAACUGGGAUGAGGUGGAGGUGGAGAACGAGGAGACGAGGAGGUUGUGCUGGAGUGCGUUGAUGCUGGUAGCGAGUCAUACGUCGGCAUGUGUGGCGAACGAUAGGAAGCCGUUACAGCUGUUCCUGACGGACUCUUCGAAUUUCCACCUCCUGUUCCCAGGCGAAUACCUCCAGCGUUCGAGCCUCACUACGCCACAUUCCGGAAAGGAUACGGUCUGGGCUCUGUAUUGCCGAAGUAUGCUCUUGUGGAACAGUUGUACGCACUUCCAGGAUGAGAACCUCACUGGCGACGCAAAAGCAGAGAUCGCGAUUGCGGUAUAUACGGAAACGCGGGCAGUGGAGCAGGCUUUGGAUGCUCACAUAUGCAAUCUGGACACGGCGCUGAUCUACAUGUGUCGCGAGUUCAUAGCGAAUGCACGUCUGGCAGUGACGUAUCUGAUGAGGAGAAUGCUCCUCGACCUCGAUCUCACGGGCCGACCUGUCUGGAAUCGCAGGCUCGCGGAAGAAUGGCUGUUCUAUCAAGAGCAAGUCGCGAAACGUGUUAGGUCCUCGAUCCAUCGUCUCUCGGAACCGAAUGGUCAUUUGUUCCUACGGCGCCCAUUCCAGAUUGGCUGGUUUGUGAGUCAGGUGUCAACCUGUCUGAACCUCUGGUCGGGUGAUUCCUCACUACUUCGCGCACUCGAACUGGGAAAGUCCUUCCUUGUUCCCAUCGAGGUUCUCAAUGCGAUGUGGCCCUGUCCCACAUAUCGCGCAGAAUGUGAAGACUUACGAAGACAACUCACGGAUGCCUGCGCAACCGCCGAGGUUCCACUGCCACCCUUGCCAGAGUAUUCGCUGCCGCCCGCAUUACUUCGCCUCUCUGUCUGAUACCGCUGCCGAACCGUCAACUCGACACUAGCGCUUGCCCACUUUUCUGCACGCUAUCUCGCUCGCUUUUACAAACUGUAAAGUGUAUCCUUAAUUCCGCUGCCGUCUUGCUUCGCGAUACUGUUAUCCCGCUUUGACGUUCUACCUCGCAAACAUAGCUGAGCUCCAAACUUGCUUUCUUUUCACACCACCUUUCCUACCUCUCCUGGGUGCGCGAUCCAAUCUCCCUUGCUACAUCUGCUCAUACCCUCCUGCGUACCGAAACUCUCAACUCACCCUCAUUUCUUCACAAUGCCGAUGUAGCCUACAUUAUACACCCAUGUAUUGGCUCUCGCUCUCUUUUUUAUUAUUGUGGUGCUCCUUCCACAUUCUUGCAUCCGGCCUCGGUCCGCGUCUUGUAUCAUUAUUUGGCUCGCCUCUCAUUAUUGUUCUCCGCAUACCUCCUUAUCCUUUGGGUCUCUUUUGAUAUCCUCGUCAUCUUGCUGCAUUCUGGGUCACCGGGCGUCUCCCAUCUCCCAUGUCG